AUGGAUUGCCCCAAUGUUGAGGCUUUAGUUCUUAAUCUCUCCUCAACAAGCUAUGCAUUACCGAACUUCAUUGCUACAAUGAAGGAACUGAAGGUUGUGAUUAUCAUAAAUCACGGUAUUGGUCCAGCAAAGUUGACCAACCUGUCGUGCCUCAGCUCGUUACCCAACCUAAAACGGAUCAGACUUGAGAAAAUUUCAAUCACUUUGGUGGACAUUCUCCUAUCACGGCUCGGCAGUCUCGAGAAGCUAUCUCUGUUCAUGUGCAGUUUCAGUGAAGUUUCCUACAACAUAGAAGAGAUUGCUAUCCCUGAAGCUCUACCAAGUUUACAGGAGAUUGACAUAAAUUGUUGCUAUGAUCUUGAGCAGUUACCGGAUUGGGUCUCUGAAGUUGUUUCACUGAAGAAACUUAGCAUCACAAAUUGUGGCAAGCUCUCCGUACUUCCAAAGGCUAUAGGUAACUUGAGUAAUCUUGAAGUGCUGAGGUUAUGUUCUUGCAUUAAUCUUUGUGAGUUGCCUGAAUAUCGACUGAGGAGCUCAGCGAUUUACGGUUUCUAG